AUGAUCAUCGCGAUAUGGCAGUCUCUGUCAUCACAGGCCCUCCGUCAGCUCUCGCGAGAGAUCACUACGCUUCGCUCGGAUCCGCCGGAAGGGGUCAGGGUGGUUGUAGAUGAGGAGGACUUGACGUGUUUGGAGGGACUGAUACAGGGGCCCGGAGACGCUAGCGAGGCUCAAGGGUCCCAGAUCGGAACACCAUACGAAGGCGGCUACUAUCGCGUCAGGUUCGAGUUCACGUCCGACUACCCAAACGUCCCGCCAAAAUGUACCAUGAUGACCAAGAUCUUCCACCCCAACGUCUCCAAGGGAGGCGAGAUUUGUGUCGAUACGCUCAAGAAGGGCUGGAAGCGGGAAUACGGAGUUGGGCAUGUACUGGUCACUGUGAAGUGCCUGUUGAUCUACCCUAACCCCGAGAGUGCGCUUGAUGAGGAGGCAGGAAAGCAGUUGCUAGCGGACUACGAAGGAUACUGCAAGUACGCCAGACUAAUGACCUCAAUCCACGCCACACCAAAGCUCCCGCCAGCCGAGUUCCGCGCAUCCCUCAGCUCGUCCCGCAGCCACUCGACCACAUCCGUCGCUACUAUCGCUACCACAGCCACAAACACCUCUUCCAGCAAGCUCGACGCCGCUCCUGCACCUGCAUCAGCUCUCACAGCCACAUCAGCCAAGCUCGCCCCCCUCGGCCAGAACACGCGGCAAGAGCAGUCCCCGCUCCUGCCCUCAGACGGCAAGAUGGCGGAUGCAGCAGAAGUGGACGGGAGGGCGCUCAGGCCACUGACUGUGACGCCUGUCGUGGUGGGUGCGAAGGUAGCGGGUGCGAAGAAGGCCGUGGCUGGUGGAGCGAAGAGGGGAUUGAAGCGGCUCUAA